CGAGGGCCCGAGUGCUAGGCUCUCCUCCGCUCGUCUGCGCGGCCGCGAACCGACUGACGGGCGUGCGCUGGGGGCGCGGGGCGCGGGCCUCGGCGGCGGCGGCGGAAGCCUAGUGCCCCCGCCCGCCCGGUCCUCUCGCAGAAGCGGAGGCAGAGCCGCGGGCCGUAGCGGAGCGGGCGCGAGGGGCGACGGCGAGGAGAGGCGCGAGGGGCGCGGAGCAAGCGCGGCCCACCGGGCGCCGCCGACUGGGCUCAGCGAACGGACGGACAGACGCAGACAGACUCGGACCGACGCGGCCCCUCCCUGCCGCCGCCGCCCGCCCGCCCGCCCGGGGCGCCCACCUCGCCGGCGCCGGGCCCGGGAGCGAUGACAUCGACGGGGAAGGACGGCGGCGGGGCGCAGCACGCGCAGUAUGUGGGGCCCUACCGGCUGGAGAAGACGCUGGGCAAGGGGCAGACAGGCCUCGUGAAGCUGGGGAUUCACUGUGUCACGUGCCAGAAGGUGGCCGUCAAAAUCGUCAACCGGGAGAAGCUCAGCGAGUCCGUGUUGAUGAAGGUGGAGCGGGAGAUCGCCAUCCUGAAGCUCAUCGAGCACCCACAUGUCCUCAAGCUGCACGACGUCUACGAAAACAAAAAAUAUUUAUACCUGGUGCUAGAACACGUGUCAGGUGGGGAGCUCUUCGACUACCUGGUCAAGAAGGGGAGGCUGACCCCCAAAGAGGCCCGGAAGUUCUUUCGGCAAAUCAUCUCCGCGCUGGACUUCUGCCACAGCCACUCCAUCUGCCACAGGGACCUGAAACCAGAAAACCUUCUGCUGGACGAGAAGAACAACAUCCGGAUCGCAGACUUCGGCAUGGCGUCCCUGCAGGUGGGGGACAGCCUGCUGGAGACCAGCUGCGGGUCCCCCCACUAUGCCUGCCCCGAGGUGAUCCGGGGCGAGAAGUACGACGGGCGCAAGGCGGACGUGUGGAGCUGCGGGGUGAUCCUGUUCGCACUCUUGGUGGGGGCGCUGCCCUUCGACGACGACAACCUGCGGCAGCUGCUGGAAAAGGUGAAGCGGGGCGUGUUCCACAUGCCGCACUUCAUCCCGCCGGACUGCCAGAGCCUGCUGCGCGGCAUGAUCGAGGUGGACGCGGCUCGGCGCCUCACGCUAGAGCACAUUCAGAAACACGUAUGGUAUAUAGGGGGCAAGAACGAGCCUGAGCCGGAGCAGCCCAUCCCCCGAAAGGUGCAGAUCCGCUCGCUGCCCAGCCUGGAGGACAUCGACCCCGACGUGCUGGACAGCAUGCACUCGCUGGGCUGCUUCCGAGACCGCAACAAGCUGCUGCAGGACCUGCUUUCGGAGGAAGAGAACCAGGAGAAGAUGAUCUAUUUCCUCCUCCUGGACCGGAAAGAAAGGUACCCGAGCCACGAGGAUGAGGACCUGCCCCCCAGAAACGAAAUAGACCCUCCCCGGAAACGCGUGGACUCCCCGAUGCUGAACCGGCACGGCAAGCGGCGGCCCGAGCGCAAGUCCAUGGAGGUGCUCAGCGUGACGGACGGUGGCUCCCCGGUGCCCGCACGGAGGGCCAUCGAGAUGGCCCAGCAUGGCCAGAGUAAAGCAAUGUUCAGUAAAAGCCUGGAUAUCGCUGACGCCCACCCCCAAUACAGCAAAGACGACAGGUCCAGAUCCAUCAGCGGCGCCUCCUCCGGCCUCUCCACCAGCCCCCUCAGCAGCCCCCGGCCUGCUAGGAAGUUUGUCCUGCCCCUCCCGCCCCCCGAGCCCCCCUGCGCGGCCGGCACCCUGGCCGCCUCCGUGGAGCCCGAAGCCGGCCGGAGCGCCCCGCGGCCCGGACGCGUCCUCCCUCCGCAGGCCGCCCCGCGGCCCCACCCCGAGACCCAGACCUUGCCGAGCAGGGCCAAGCUGACCGACAAGCCUCUGCAGGGCACCAAGUCCCACCCGCUCCCGGCGGGCCCCCGGGCCCGGCCCCCCGGCCCCCGCGGCCUCGGCCCCCAGCUGGACUCGCCCCCGGGGCUGGCCGCCCCGCCUGCCCCGGCCCGGCUCCCGCCCACCGGGACUGAACCAAACGCUAAAUCUGUCCCCACCAUACAGGUGACCCCUCACCCCUCUCCAAGGGGUAGUCCCCUCCCCACCCCCAAGGGGACGCCCGUGCACACGCCCAAGGAGAGCCCGGCCGGCACGCCCAACCCCACGCCGCCGUCCAGCCCCAGCGUCGGAGGGGUGCCCUGGAGGACGCGGCUCAACUCCAUCAAGAACAGCUUCCUGGGGUCGCCACGCUUCCACCGCCGGAAACUGCAGGUUCCGACGCCGGAGGAGAUGUCCAACCUGACCCCGGAGUCGUCCCCAGAGCUGGCCAAGAAGUCCUGGUUCGGGAACUUCAUCAGCCUGGAGAAGGAGGAGCAGAUCUUCGUGGUCAUCAAGGACAAGCCCCUGAGCUCCAUCAAGGCCGACAUCGUCCACGCAUUCCUGUCGAUCCCCAGCCUGGGCCACAGCGUCAUCUCCCAGACCAGCUUCCGGGCCGAGUACAAGGCGACGGGGGGCCCGGCGGUCUUCCAGAAGCCGGUCAAGUUCCAGGUGGACAUCACCUACACCGAGGGCGGGGCGGCGCACAAGGAGAACGGCAUCUACUCUGUCACGUUCACGCUCCUGUCCGGCCCGAGCCGCCGCUUCAAGAGGGUGGUGGAGACCAUCCAGACGCAGCUGCUGAGCGCGCACGACCAGCCCUCCGCCCAGCACCUGUCAGACACCACUAGCUGUGUGGAGGCGGUGACGGGCAGGCUUUCCAAGUGUGGCAGCCCAUUGAGUAACUUCUUUGACGUAAUUAAACAACUUUUUUCAGACGAGAAGAACGGGCAGGCGGCCCCGGCCCCCAGCACGCCCGCCAAGCGGAGUGCCCACAGCUCCCUCGGUGACUCGGCGGCCGCUGGCCCUGGCCCUGGAGGGGACGCCGAGUGCCCAGCGGGCAAGGACGCGGCCAAGAUGGGGCCACCCGCCGCCCGCAGCGAGCAGCCUUAGCCACAUAGCCCCUCCCCAACACGGCCCCGACGGUGGCCGCCAGGGCCGCUGUGCCACCGGCCCGCCGCCCGCUCAGUGUGGACUGGGGCCACGCCCACCCCUCCCUCUAGACUGCGCGAAGCCAGGGAGGAGAGGAAGGGGGAGCCGGGGGCUGCGGCCCGCGGCCAGGCCCGCCGUGCCCGCGCUCGCUCGCUCUCGCUGCCCCUCUCUCUGCCUGACUCUGACGACGCCACUGUUUCCGCUCUGAUACCAGGAAUUGUCCCGAAAAGUUAACAUGUCGACCUCCACGAGGCCGUCCUCUGGGCUCCACGCCGGACGCCGGCCGACGGAAGGCAGCUGCGUGGACCUGCCCCUCUGCUCCCGCCACCCUGCAGCCCGCCCGGCGGCCAGGCCCUGCCCGCUCUCCGCCGCCUCCGCGUACCUGCCCGCGGGGCGCGCUGCCCGGUCCCGCUCCGCACGGCCACUGGGAGGAGGCCCUGGCGUCCAGGGGAAGCCGCCCCAGCCCCGCCGACCGGACUCGCAGUGACUGGAGCCCCCGGCAGGCCCCGCCUGUCCACCCAGGCCGCCUCCAGGGCGGGGCCCGAGUAGGCGAAGCAGCCACAAGGCAGGCGGCCGGUGCCCGCAGCUGCUCCUCGGCCCCGCCUCGCCGCAGCACCCCCCUCCUCCGCAGUCACCGCCGCGGCGCGCCCGCCCCGCCGCUGGCCGGCACCCGGUCCACCCAGCUCAUCAGUGGCGGGGUGCUCUGGGCUCGGUGUUCCGUCCUGGCCCAGGGGGAACUGGACCCGAGGCGGCGGGCUGACCGGGGAGAUCAGUAUUAUUUAUUUGCCGUUUUAACUUAUUGAGUUCCUUCACUUCUCUGUUCAGGGAAGGGGCAGCAGCAUCCUCCUCCUGUCUGUCCGUCCGUCCGUGUCUCGGGCAGCGUGGGUCUGGGGCCCAGGUGCCCCGAGGACGGAGCCUUGCGGCGUCUGGGGCAGGCUGGUGGAUGCAGCGCCGGCAAGCUACUGUAAACUUUAAAGAAUUCCUGCAAGAUAUUUUUAUAAACUUUUUUCUCGGUUGUUUUUGGAAAAGGGCACGGGGGGGGGGGGGGGGGGAGCCGCCGGGCGGGGCGGGGCUGAGUUCGGUUCUUGCGCUUGGUCUUUCCUCUGCGCAUGCGUGUUUGAACAGCAGCGCGGUCCGCGCCGUCUGCCCGUGCACCCUGGGCCGGAGCGACUCCAGUGCUGUGGGCGCCGCCGCCCAGGGCCCUCCGCCAGGCCCGGCUGGGCACCCUCGUGGUUCCGGGUGCGAGAGCAGGGCAGGAGGAAGGCCCUGAGCUGGCCCCACCCACUCACAGGAAGGCAGGGCACCACAGGGUUUUUUAUUAAAAAGACAAAAAGUGAAAAAAAAACAAACCACAAGCAAGGACAGGAAGUCAGCAGGUCCUGUGUGGCGUGCUUUCUGCGUGGCGUGGUCGUGGGUGCGGCCGCCUCCCGCUGUCCCCGCCCCCAGCUCCUGCUUGUGUCUCCUCCCCCAGCUGGCGCGGCCCGGGCGUCUAGGGCUCCGCCCCGGCAGCCGAAGGCGGGCCGGCCCUGACUGCAUGCCGUCGCUGUGACGGGCCACUCUGCUUCCGGCGCCGCCCGCCGCCCGCCCGCCCGUCCUCCGCUCGUGGGGAUUUUAACGCUGCUGUUCCACGGACCCCCCGCCACAAGCUGGGACUUCCACAUGCGAGAAAAACUUGACACCCACCACGGCGAAGGUGCGCGGCGCCCGCGGGAGUGCCACGCGGACGCAGAGGACACGGAAAGCAGUAUCUCUCGUCGACCCUCCUCUUUCGUACGCGGACGCACGCACACGCGGACGCCACGGAAACGGACACGCCCCACCCCGCGCACCCCUGUCAGAUACCUGUGAGCAACUUUAGUUCCGGAACAAUAAACUCCUUCCGUAAAGACA